AUGUCUGAAUCAUCCGUGCCAUCUUCUAAAUCGUCUGUGGAAUUGCCACAAGCCACCUGGUCGCAUCUGCAAAGAUACCCAGCUUUGUCCAAGUUUAUCAAAUAUGCAGAAUCUCUACCACCCGUGGAGAAACUGAUCUCUUUCAACCUCGUUGUCUUGGGGUCCGUGAACCAGUGGGUUUCCGAGUCGUCCAACUCUCCCCGCCUGGUGAAGCAGGUUGUUGCUGCGGGCAAGGAGGGGGCCUUCAAACUGGAUGAGCUAGUCAACCUCUUGGUGUUCAAAGAGGGUGUCGACAGCUUGUUGUACAGCUGGAAGUCCCACUCCAACGCCCCGGGCUUCUGGCUAGUGUGGUUCUUUGUCGACUACGUUGCCAACAUUUCCAACACCUUGUUGAGGGAGUUCUUGAUCAAGCCAUUGCACUUGCAGGGCUCUGCCGCAUCGAAGGAGAUUGGCUCCUCCGGCGAGAGCAACAAGAUCACUGACACGUCGUCUUUGCCCCACGUGGCAGAGUUGUCUUCUACUACCAGGAGCGUCUCGCACGAGAUCCAGUCCAAGGUCAAGUCUAACUAUAUCGACCCAACCAGGGACCUGGCAAAGGAGAAGUAUGACGCUAUUGUGAAGCCCACCACGGAGAAGCUGCAGUCCGUGUACAUCGACCCGACCAAGUCGAAGUUGAACGAAACCUACCAGCGCUUCACCACCGUGUACGAGAAUAACUUGAGCAAGUCCGAAAGUGUUCCCAAGGCCAUCGUGUCCACCGGGUUGGACUUGGGCAAUGCCACCAUAGAGAAGCUCAAGGCCUCAAGAGAGAACCAAGCCAAUUCUAAGCCAGCGGCUGUAUCGACCAAUUAG